UUCACCCAACCAGAUCCAACAGGAAUUUGUGGCUCUUCCUUUCGCAAUCGACUCGCAAUCGAUCCAAAACGACUUGGCUCAAGCCAUUCGUUGAUCCGGUUUUCCGCUGCCACGGGCCGGUGGAGGACGCGGUGCAGGGCCAUGUGGCGCGGAUUCGUCUUGCUCUACUCUGUGCUCGGACAAGACUUGCUGCUCUCGGACGACCAGUGUGCGGGCGAUGGCGGAGAUGGCUGCGCCCUGAAGGCGCUUCAGACUCACGCAGCGCUUCAGACUGAGCAAGUCGAAUCGGACCAGGCCGCCCACCCAGAGCAAGUGGAAGGAACGGGGCUCGGCACAGCGCCCACAGACGCGGCCGUGGCGGCCGCGCUGUCCGAAGCCUCCGCACAGACGAAGCGGUCCAAACGCAGCUUUCAGCGCUUCGACUGCAACAAGGACACGGGUGGCACCUGCUCGUGGUUUGGUUGCUCCAAGUCCCGCAGCGCCGAUUGCAACGAUGGCAAAUGCACCUGCGGACCAAAUCUUUGUGCUCGCGAUGGCAAAUGCCAAAUCGCAGAGGGCUACAGGAUGCAAAAGACCACAAUGCAAGAGCGCGACACCGGCGGCAGCUGCCGCUUCUUCGCCUGCGAUUCCUCCCGAGGGCCCACGCGGUGCGAUCGAGGGCAAGGCUACAAGUGCAUUUGCGCCGAAGGCUUUCUCUCAGUGAAGGGGCAAUGUCAGCCGAAGCUGGUGAAGGUGCAGCCAGAGGGAGCACCUCAGGGCGGAGCACCGGCACCAGCACAAACCUUUGACUGGACCAAAGUGGAUUGGUCAAAGAUCUUCCAGAAUCAGGGCUGGAGUUCAUCGACCGAUUGGUCCAAGUUCGACUGGAGCAAGAUCUACGGUGCAUCCGCGCCCGCCGCGCCGGCGCCGGCACCCCCAACUGCCCAGUACGACUGGAGCAAAAUCUACGGUGCACCAGCGCCCCCACCACCGUCGAUGGGCUACGGCGGCAUGCCAUACGGCCAACCUGGGACUCCGUAUGCCUACGGAUAUGGGAUGCCGUAUUGGAGAUGAGCCCGGUUGAACGGAAGGCCCUUUUGAUUGGCGAAGCAGUGAGGCGAAAUCGCCAGACCGGACCGUCAACCAGGGAGGACAUGACCGGUGCAGGUUGACACAUCCAGCGGUCGACCGAGUGUGGAAUUGGCG